AUGAUGAGGACCGCUUGUUUGUCUGCCGCUGCGUCGGCCUUCUACAUGCCGACGAUCAACUUCGUUGGGAACGGUGCCCUGAAGAUGGCGUGCCCGAAGAUCAAGUCGCUGAACCUCAGCCACCCGUUUAUUGUCACCGAUGAGGGCAUCUGCCAGUCCGGGCUGCUUGAGACGACGAUCGAGAUUCUGAAGGCGGAGGCCGGCACCAAGAAUGCUACGGUGUUCAGCGGUGUGCAGCCAAACCCGACCGUCAAGAACGUGAAUGAUGGGCUGAAGAUGCUGAGCGAGACGAAUUGUGACUAUAUCAUCAGCCUCGGCGGUGGGUCCCCGCAUGACUGUGCGAAGGGCAUCGCGCUGGUGAAGAGCAACGGCGGCAAGAUCGAAGAUUUCGAAGGGCUGGACAAGGCUGCGAAGCCGCAGUUCCCCUUGGUCGCGGUUAACACGACGGCUGGCACCGCCAGUGAGCUUACGCGCUUCGCUGUGAUCACGGAUGAGACCCGGCACACUAAGAUGGUGAUCACGACGGAUAUGUCGACGCCGCUCAUUGCGGUAAGUGCCACCGAACUGAUGAUGCAGCAACCGAAGUCGCUGACAGCGGCCACCGGCAUGGAUGCGCUUACCCACGCUGUCGAGGCCUACGUGUCCAUCGCAGCGUCACCCAUCACUGACGCGUGUGCUCUGCAGGCGAUCCGCCUUAUCAAGAGGAACCUGGUGACGGCUACCUUCCAUGGCGACGAUGUCGAGGCGCGUGAUGGCAUGUGCUACGCCCAGAGCCUCGCUGGCAUGGCCUUCAACAGUGCCGGCCUCGGGUAUGUGCACGCCUGCGCGCAUCAGAUGGGCGGUGUGUACAACCUGCCACACGGCGUCUGCAACGCGAUUCUGCUGCCCCGCGUCGAGGAGUUCAACAAGACGGUCGUGCCGCACCGACUGCGGGAUAUCGGUGAGGCGCUGGGCGUGAACACCGUUGGCAUGUCGGACAUGUGCGCCGCGGAUGCUGCACUGGAGGCGAUUCGCGCGUUGUCCAGCGCGGUGGAGAUCCCGUCCGGGUUCGCGGCGCUGGGCGCUGCGAAUGAGGGGGAUCUGCCGAAGCUGGCGGAUGCCGCCAUGAAGGACGUGUGUGCUUGCUUCAACCCCCGCACGCUUACAAAGGAGGAUGUUAUACAGAUAUUCCGCAACGCCUUUUAG